AAAACCUACUACCAAAAAAACUAAAACUCGUAUCAUCAUCCGUCGUAGAAAUCCAACGAAAAUUCGAACUAGAAACAUAAUUGCUUCAACUUCGAACUCAAGAAUGUAUACUCAUCGUGAUCUUAUUCACCAGUCUCCCCAAUCUUCUCAAAUAAAAUGUCGGCACUUUCUCCGCUUCCUUGGUGACCAAGGAUGGUGUAAAAAAUGCACGAUUAAUGGCUGGACAAGUGGUCUUCAUGAUCUCGACAAACUAAUUAAAAAAACACAACGUAAAGCAACUAGUUGGACAGAUAAUUAUUUAGAAUGGAUUGACUUUGAUCAAUUUGAGGAUAUUAAAGAGAUCGGUGAAGGUGCAUAUAGUGUGAUUUAUGAGGCUACUUGGUUGAAUGGUCGAAGGUGUAAAAGACGAAAGAAUGAUAAAGGAAGACGAUGUUCAAGAACCGAACCUAUUAAAAUU